CAUUUUUCUCUCUCCUACUUGAGCUUCGGAGAGGGAUAGAGAAACUGGAGAAAGUGCGUCGUUUGAGAGAGAAACAGCCUCGAAUCCAUGCUCUAACACAGAGAUAGGGAGGCAGAUAUAGACAGAGAGCUUUGAUGCAGGUUUGGAGAAAUUAGGGGUUGGAAGCUAGAGAAGAACAUUAUUUUUGGUGGAAAGUUUGAAUUAGGGUUUUGAGGAAUUGAUUAGUCUAGGGUUUGUUUCUGUAUUAUCUAGUUCUGAUAUUUAUAUUAGGGGGGUUCUAAUCUUUCAGUGGUAUGGUAUUGUAAUACCAAAUUUUGGUGUUGCUUAAUGCUAGUGGAGCUUGUGGGGGGUAGAUGCUAGGGUUUCCAUGGGGAGCACAGGUGAGCCAGACCGAAAACGGCGUCAUUUUGGCUCCAUAUCACCCACGGCUGCUGCUACUCCUAAGAAGCAACCUUUUUUGCCCAUUUCCGAGGACAAAAAGCUUGAUGUUACUGUUCUUCAAUAUCAAAAUCAAAAGCUUGUCCAGAAGUUAGAAACUCAGAAGGUUGAGUCUUUUUCACUUGAGAAUAAAUUCUCUCUAUUGAAGCAGAAGCAACAACCAUAUGAUUCCACGUUAGCAGUGGUCAAUAAGUCUUUGGACAAGCUGGUGAAUGACUUGGAGUCAUUUUCCAUCAAAACAAGAGAGUCGAGCAGUGAACAAGAUGGCAAACAUCUGCCACUUAUUGAUGAUGGGGUUCCCUCUACAUUUAAGGAUGCUUUUCUUAGUCGACUCAUAGAAACAGGUGCAACAGAGAAUUCUUCUACAUAUAAUUGUGCAAAUCAUGUGAAAGAAGAUAGCGAAACUGCCACUGAAAAGACACAGAACAUUUUACGCAACAUAGUAGCUGCUGUUGAUAACCUGUGGUAUCUAAAGGAUGGAUUAUCAGCUGCAGUGUUGAAAGAACUACCAGAAGAUGGUGCAUGCAGGCAAAAGACCUGCCAUGAUUUAGAGAAAGAAGUCAAGAACUUGAGAAUGGAAUUUAGUGAUCUUCAUUUGAAGCACAAAUCACUUGCAAGGGAAUUGCAGAGACACCAAAACGUUCAUGCAAAAAAUAAAGCUGAAAUGAAACAUUUAAGAGAGGAGUUGGAGGUUGCACUUUCAGAGCUAGAAGAAAAUAAUUGCAAUUUAGCAUCUCUGAAAGCACAGAGAAAUGCUGCAAAAGGGGCAUUUUUCCCUAUCUUGAAUCUAGGAAAUAAUCAAGGUGCUGGUGAUAGAGUUAGAGAUACACAAAAGGAUCUUCAUGACAUGGAAUCCACUCUCAAAGAACUAACAGACCAAGCUUCAUGUCGGCUUACAGAACUGAAAGGUCUUCAUGAUGAAAGGAUAAAAAUAUUACAGCAAUUAUCUAGUUUGCAGAACAUGUUGAAGAAUGUUAAGUGUAUUUCCUCGUCCAAUGCUUACCUCCUGGUGAGAGAUCAAAAAGAAAAGUCAAAAUCAGAAGUUUUGCAGUAUCAGGCCUUAUAUGAAAAACUACAGGUUGAGAAGGAUAACAUUCUGUGGAGGGAGAGAGAAUUGAAUAUUAAAAAUGACAUUGCCGAUGUUUUCCGAAGAUCAUCUGCCGUUGCUGAUUUCCGAGCUGCUGAUCUGGGGAUAGAGAUACAGAAACAGAUUGAGGAGAUUAAUAUGAUUGAAUCUAAGCUAAAAGAGGCCUCAAGAGAACCAGGAAGAAAAGAAAUCAUUGCAGAAUUUAAAACCUUGCUUUCUUCAUUUCCUGAAGAAAUGAGCAUUAUGCAAAGUGAACUAAGUAAAUACAAAGAGGCUGCUUCAGAUGUUCAUUCUCUCAGGGCUGAUGUCCAAUCUCUUUCCUUUAUUCUUGAGAGGAAGGUGAAAGAAUGUGAAGCCUCAUCUGCAAGAUCUGCCGACCAAGUUGCAGAGAUGCAGAAGCUGCAAGCUUUGGUCCAAGAUUUGAAAGAAAGUGAUAGGGAGUUAAAGUUGAUUUUGGAAAUGUAUAGACGUGAAUCCACUGAUUCAAGGGAUGUCAUGGAAGCCAGGGACUUGGAAUACAAGGCAUGGGCUCAUGUCCAAACUUUGAAAUCCUCUCUUGACGAGCACAACUUGGAAUUGCGAGUCAAGACAGCAAAUGAGGCUGAGGCCAUUUCCCAACAAACACUUGCUGCAGCAGAAGCUGAGAUUGCUGAGCUGAGGCAGAAACUAGAAGCUUCUAAAAGGGAUAUUUCUAGACUUACUGAUGUCCUGAAGUCCAAGAAUGAAGAAAAUGAGGCAUACUUAUCUGAAAUAGAGUCAAUUGGACAGGCAUAUGACGAUAUGCAGAAUCAAAACCAACAUCUGUUGCAGCAAAUUACGGAGAGAGAUGACUAUAACAUUAAGUUUGAUGGGGUGAUUUCCAAAAUUGAUAGUCUCGGGGUGAUUGCAAAUUGGAACAUAGUUUGAUUGUGGUUUGUGUGUUUUCACGUUUUUUUACGAGAUGAUGUAGUAUUUUUUGUUCCUUCAGCUGAUAUUUCUUUCCUUUUUGGUUUUAGAUAAUGGGUUUAAUUCUUGUUAUGGAUAUGAAGAUGUCAGAUGUGUGUCAUUGUUUUGGUCUAAUAUUACUGCUCUUACCCCAAUAAUGUUCAUUCUUGAUUGCAGAAGUAAUGACCAUUGCUUCAUGAGCCAUGGUCCUGCAUAAACUAUCCCACUAUAUGGGGUUAAGAGUUAUUGUUUUGUAUAUGUCUGUAAAUCUAAAUCAACUCCCUUUUGGACACCCAAACAAGACUUGAGUGACAUGCUUUGGACAUGUACUGUUCUAAUGAAAGAUGAAAAGUGAGGGGUUGUGUUGUUUAUAUCUCAUUACAAAUAGCGCAUUUUUGUUUGUGUUCACAUGCCCUGCUUGCUCCAUAUAAGGAAUUGGUGCUAAGGUGAAUCAGGGUUAUUACAACAGCCGUCAGCUUAUGAAGAUGUAUGUUGUUUAAAUAUAUAGGUAGUAGGUUCUGAAUGUGGUAGUAGUGCCAGGAUAUACGUUGUGGUCCUUUCAUACGUUCAUAGAACUUGUGUAACUGCAUUUAAAGGAAAGUGUUCGAGCUGCAUAUUGCUGCUACUACAAGACAUGAUGCAUUUGCUGAUGAUAGACUCGCCCUGUAAAUUUCAUCAUGUUGAGAAACUUUUUUUUGUUUUGCCUUGAGUUAAACAUUGUACAGCUCUUGUAUAUGUGGUUGAGUUUCACUUAAACCUAUAGGCUAUAGCUAGUAUUUGUUGACUUUCAGACCUCUGAAACUUCUGUCUCAUCAUUCAUUAAUUGGUAUGU